GAAGACUUGCACGGUGGAGAAACUCCUGAGACCUCACAGAGAAGUGGUGGAAAGCCAGAAACAAAGGUUACCCACAGCAAAGAGGAGCAGCCGGACGAGAAUCACAGAUAAGCUGAAAAACGAUAUUCUGCCCCCUUACUCUGUGGACUACAUUCACCCACUAGAAGACAACAGCAGGCCUGUCCAACUGAACCAAGGAUCACUAAAACACCAAAAGCUCCAUCAAAAGUUACUGGAGACUGAGAUCAGCACCAGAAGGAAGGAGUGUGAAGCACUUGAAGCAGAGGUGAAGAAAAAGAAUCAAACAUGUCAGACUUUGGAGAAUGAACUUCAAGAAUUCCUGCAGGAGAACAAGCACUUGAAUCUUCAGUGGUUCAACAACAGCCACAAAGCAUCUGAGUAUGAAAAGGUGAAAUCAGAGUAUGCCCAGCUCAAAGAGCGGCUUGGAGUUGUGACGCAGGAGAGAGAUUUAGCCCUGUGGGAGAAGAACCAGCUCCAAGGCAAACUGGAGAACCUAGAGCAGGUGCUGAAGCAUAUGCGAGAGGCUGCAGAGCGAAGGCAGCAGCUAGAGUUGGAGCAUGAGCAGGCCUUGGCUGUCCUCAAUGCAAAGCAGCAGGAGAUUGACCUUCUGCAGAAGGCUCAGGUUGAGGCUAAAAAGGAACAUGAAGGCGCUGUCCAUCUGCUAGAGAACCACUUGGACAGCAUGCAGGCCAAAGUUCGAGAGCUGGAGGAGAAAUGUCGGUCCCAGAGUGAGCAGUUCAACCUCCUCUCAAAGGAGCUGGAGAAGUUCCGGCUUCAAGCUGGGAAAUUUGACAUCCUUAGUUCUGAACCCAUAAAUCUGAGUGAAUCACCAGGAUCCCCCAACAAAUCCUUGUCACAACUCCUCAAUGGAUUGGCUGCCCCAACAGAGAAAGGCAAUGAGGGUCCAACAAGCAGAUCUUUGAUAUCUGAGUUCAUUCGACCACUCCAGAUCAGUGGAGACAAGCCCGAGCUCCUCUCCGUCAAGCCAACAUUCCUCAGUCGCAGUCGAGCCAGCAGCCCAGCACGAGCUUUCCUCUCUGAGAUGGACAAAGAGCUGAGCUCAACUACCAGGUCCAAACCACGAUUCACAGGGAAGGUCCGUCUGUGUGUUGCUAGAUAUAGUUACAAUCCAUAUGAUGGGCCUAAUGAGCACCCAGAAGCAGAGCUCCCCCUGGUGGCAGGGAAGUACCUCUACGUUUACGGAACGAUGGACGAGGAUGGCUUUUACGAAGGGGAGCUGCUGGAUGGACAGCGGGGACUCGUCCCUUCAAAUUUUGUGGAAUUUGUUCAAGAUGAUGAAACACCGUCUGUCCAACGAAGAGACACGACAGUUAAAGAAUCGGGCUACCUCAACCAUAGUAGCCUGGGGCCUCAGCGACUUUUGAGCGGCAGCACUGGAACUGGAACAAGCAUAAGCAGCCUGCUAUCUGACAGUAAACUGGACUGUUUAAGCGCUAGCAGCUUGGGCAUGGACCUCCUGGGCUCCUCCAGCAAUGGGACCGGAACCUUGGAUGUCAGUAUUGAUGAGGUCGGUGAAGACAUUGUGCCUUAUCCCCGCCGCAUCAACUUGAUCAAGCAGUUAGCCAAGAGUGUGAUUAUUGGCUGGGAUCCUCCUGUGGUCCCACCGGGAUGGGGCUCCAUCAGUGGCUACAAUGUGCUGGUUGAUAAAGAGGUCCGGAUGAGUGUCCCCUACGGGGGCAGGACAAAGUCCCUUAUUGAAAAGCUCAAUCUUGCCACCAACACCUACCGCAUUUCAGUGCAGAGCAUCACAGACCGCGGCCCAUCAGAUGAACUUCGCUGCACUCUUCUUGUGGGAAAGGAUGUAGUGGUGGCACCUUACUACCUGCGGGUGGACAGCAUCACUCAGAGCUCUGCUGAGCUGUCUUGGAUGCCCAGCAACAGCAACUACAGUCACACUAUCUUCCUCAACGGUGCAGAGUAUGACAUGGUCAAGGCUGGGGGUUACAGGUACAAGUUUUUCAACUUGAAGUCCAUGACAGUUUACAAGGUGAAGGUUGUCGCACAGCCACAUCAGGUGCCUUGGCAGCUUCCAGGUGAUCAGCGGGAGAAGAGGGAAAUAUCUGUGGAGUUCUGCACUCAGCCUGCAGGUCCCCCUCUCCCUCCUCAGGAGGUGCAGGUUCAGUGUGGCCAAACUCCAGGGGUCCUUCAGGUCAAAUGGAAGCCGCCUCCCCUGACACCUUCAGGAACUUCUAAUGGGGCUAGUGUAAUUGGCUAUGCUGUUUGCACAAAGGGACAAAAGAUAGCAGAGGUCUUGUACCCCACAGCCGACUAUGUGAGCGUGGAUUUAAACAGGAUUCAAGGCCUGGAAGCCAGAGAAGUCAUUGUAAGGACGUUAUCAACCCAAGGAGAGUCCCAGGAUUCACCUGUGGCUAUGAUCCCACACAAUCUCCUGGGCUCUCCACGCCUCUCCCACCGAGUCACCGCCCCUCCCCCUUCUAUCCCCCAUCCAGUGCCACAACCCCAUCAAGUACAUUCUCAAACCCAUCCUCCUUAUCCAUCAACAUAUCCUCCAAAUCACCCUCAGCCCCAGGUUCAGCCUCUGCCUCGAGCUCAGCCACACACGCUACCACACGCACAACCACACUCGCAGCCUGUAUGUCAACCUCCCCAUCCUCAGCUACAUUUUCAGCGCCACUCCAUACCCAAGUCAAAACCAUUAAUAAGUGCCAGAGAGCCAGAAACCAAAGAGCAUGAGGUGGGCCUGCGGCUAGCCCAGCCGUGGGAGCGCUCGCCCUCUCCGCUGCCACCCAUGCACGGACCCAACUUGGAGCCUCCGCUCUUCCCACCCCGGCGAUCACCCUCUCCUCAGAGGAUUCUGCCACAGCCUCAGGGAGUCCCUAUACCCAACACCAUCGCCAAGGCCAUGGCAAGAGAAGCUGCUCAGAGAGCUUUUGCCGAGGCUAAUCGGGUUGACAAAAGGAAUAUCUUCAGUGAUCGAGGUAACGCCUUGCCUCCGCUCAACUCAGACGAGGAGGAGGAUGGCUACGAUUCUCCACAUGCCAGACGAAGAGGAGCCUCAGUAGACGAGUUCCUCAGAGGUUCAGAGUUGGGCCGACAGCACCACCAUCAUCACUACAGCCACAGUGAAGAGUACCACACUGAGAGUAGCCGGGGCUCUGACCUGUCUGACAUAAUGGAGGAAGAUGAGGAAGAUCUUUACUCUGAGAUGCAGCUGGAAGAGGGUCGCAGACGCAGCAUCAACUCUCACAGCACUCUUAAGGCGUAUUACAAGCGUCAGGACUUAGCAGAAGAAAGAGACUGUUGGGAUCUCCAGAGGGAAGUGGUGAGGCAGAGGUCGCUCCGCAGCAAACGUCUCCACAGCAUCCCGGAGGUGGCAGAGGAGGAGUCGGACAGCUUGGACAGUAUGGGCCAGCAUCUGAGCUUUGAGGAAGGCGGGCGACCUGGGACGCCUCAAACUCAGCGCAGGAUGUACAACCAGGAGCCCCACAUGAGUGACCACCUCAGCCACGGCAAGAACAGCCGCCUGCAGCGCCAACGCUCCUCCCCUCGCUUCACCGACAGCCGCUAUGGUUACAAUGCAGAUGACCGCAAUUAUGGACGACCCAAUCGGCAGAACACCAAGAGCCCUGACAGUGGUUUAGACUGUGGCAGUGAGGAAGAGGGGUCCCUGGGAAGGGGUCAUCGGGGAUAUUAUGCCCAUGGAAGUCCCAUACGGGGGUCUGUUCGCAUCAUCCACUGUGAGGGCCCAGUAGAAAGGCGAGCACUAGCAAUGGGCCGUAAAAGAACUCUGACCCGUCAGUGCAGUGUUGAGGAGGAGUUCUCGGACCCCCCUGUGACUACCACCAAAUCCGUACAUUCGGGUGACUUUAGGAACAGGGAGCACAUUGGGUCUGGUCGGGAGGUCGGUCCAAGAAACUACUCCAGGGAAGGAGCCCUGAGCGAGGGCAGGCUGAACGAGCUGGACAGGGUGUAUUACAGCCCCCACAGGGAGGCUAGGACCCAGUCUUUGUCCAGGCUCAACCGGGACCAGCCGCUGAUUAUUGGGAAUUCACCGUCACAUGGAAGCCCAGAUCGCCAGGACCAUUCAGGGAGGAGGCCGGUUCACAUCGGCACCCCUCCUCAGCGACGACCCAUCCCAUCCAUUGAGAUCACCAUGGACAGUAACAGUGAGGGGAGUGAGGGGAACCUCUCACCCGUCAAGGAGGAUGUUUACUAUGGCAGUGUAGCUCGGCGCAGGAUAUGGCGAUCUUUGUCCUCUGAGGAUCAAUAUGACGGCUACGACGGGCGCAGGCACGGCCGGGGACGCCAAUCCCCAGAUUAUUUUGAGGAAUCAGAAUCGGACGACCUGACCAGAGUGUUUGUGGCUCUGUUCGACUAUGACCCUUUGUCCAUGUCUCCCAACCCUGAUGCCGCGGAUGAGGAGUUGCCUUUCAAAGAGGGACAGGUCAUUAAGGUAUUUGGCAAUAAAGACACAGACGGAUUCUACCGGGCGGAGAUCAGAGGUCGAGUGGGGUUGAUCCCCUGCAACAUGGUGUCUGAGAUCCAAACAGAAGAUGAUGAAAUGAUGGACCAACUCCUCAAACAGGGUUUCCUUCCACUGAACACACCUGUGGAAAAGUUAGUGAACUGCGACCGUUUUAAAGAUGGACGUUCAAUAAAUCGCAGGUCCAGAAAGUCCAAAAGAGAAAGAAACAGGCGGAGUGGGCGUCAGUAUCCAAUGUCAACACGAAGAAUGGUGGCCCUGUAUGACUACGACCCUCGCGAGAGUUCCCCCAACGUGGAUGUUGAGUAUGAAGUCAACAGACUGAAUGAGGAGACUGAGCUGACUUUCUGUGCCGGUGAUGUAAUCGCAGUUUUUGGGGAAAUAGAUGAGGAUGGAUUUUACUAUGGCGAGCUCAAUGGACACAAGGGGCUUGUACCUUCCAACUUUCUAGAAGAAGUGCCUGAUGAUGUAGACGUUUUUCUCACUGAUUCCCCAUCUCGGUAUCCCCAGGACACUCCAGCCAGGAUAAAGACCAAAAGGAAGAAGAGUGUUCAUUUCACACCUUAAAGGCUCUGUUUCCGUCACGUAAGUGAGCAACUGAG